AAACGCGUCACAGGAGGAGAGAGAGAGAGAGAGAGAGGAAUUCUGCUCUCUUCUGUAGUGUUUGAUUAAUCAUUUGAUGUGGAGAUUAAAGAUCGGCGCUUGAAAAGAGAGUCUGUGCCUCCUACUUCUCUGACUUCUUUGACCGUCCUCUCCCUUUGCUGCCUUUGCGUUUGUAUGCAGACCGAUACAUAAGGUUCUGUAAUCUCUUUCUCAAUGUGGAACUGAUUCUCACGACAGUCUUGGGUGACUGAUCUGCUCGUGCCAAGAUUUUCCUUCAUCUGUGUAUGUGCCCAGUGUUAUAUCAAGUUCUUGAAGGAUCCAACAAGUGCUGAUUAGAUGCCAUCAAUAAUGAAGACAAAGUCAGCCAAAUCCUGUUCGAAAGAAAAAAAAGGUCUUCACAUCUGCCAAAGAUCGUGUUCCAUAUACAAGAAUUCUCUCUCCCAUGUCAAAGUUGCUCAAAAUUCAGAACUUGUUGAGUUUGAUCAAGAUCAUCAUGAUGUUUCAUACUGCAAAAGACUAUACCUGGAUAGUUUCAGAGAAGAUGGAGCGCAUGGUGAUGAAUUGCUCUGUGGAGAAGAUUUUCCACUUGAUUGUAAACAAUUACCCCAAAGUGGUUCUACAACUGCUGGAAGCAUGGAUUCUACAUCGACAACCUGUACGGAAAGCUUAGAGACAAUUUUUUCUCCUAUUCUGGAGUCCAUGGAUGUCCAUAAUGUGUCAAAUAUCAAAAAUGAUGGAGGAAGCAAUGAUCUGUUUCUUCCACUGUUGGAAACAGAAGAUAGCGAUAGUAGUCGAAGCUCAUGCGAAUAUCAUUCGUGCAACGUGUCAGAUUUCUACAUUUCUGACAUGAUUGUUUCUGGCUUACCUACUGAUGAUGGGAUAAUCUAUGAUGUUGAUUCGUCCACCAUGUUUUUUCCUGAUUAUAAAUGUGAAGAACCAGACAUGUUUACUAACAUUGCUGAGGAAUAUAUGCUGCUUCCUUUUCUUGAGCAUACUCCAGAAGCUUUCAGUGGCAAUGAUGAUAAAAGUCAGAGAUCAUGCAAUAAAAACAGUACAGUUUCUGACCAAUCAAGCUUGUAUAUGGCAAUCCACCAAAUAAGACCACAUGAUCAGGAAACUGAUGUUUUUGAACACACUGAAUCAGAUCAGUUUGAUUGCUUUGAUCCUCACGUGUUUAUUAGAAAUGUUCCAGAUUUGCCGGAUGUGGUAAAGCCAGCCUCCGUGCCAAAUAAGCUGGAGAAUGAGAAGCCAGUCACCUUAGUACUUGAUCUGGAUGAGACACUUGUUCAUUCUACACUGGAAGAAUGCAAUGAUGCCGACUUCACAUUUCCAGUCUUUUUCAACAUGAAAGAGCACAUCGUUUAUGUGAAGCAGAGACCUCAUCUUAGGUCAUUUCUGGAGAGAGUUGCAGAUAUGUUUGAAAUUGUAAUAUUCACAGCAAGCCAAAGCAUCUAUGCAAAACAGCUGCUAGACAUACUGGAUCCUGAUGGUAAAUAUAUCUCAAGACGAGCUUAUCGUGAAUCAUGCAUCUUUUCAGAUGGUAGUUACACUAAAGACUUGACAGUGCUGGGUGUUGAUCUUGCAAAAAUUGUAAUCAUUGAUAAUUCUCCACAGGUUUUCAGGUUACAAGUGAACAAUGGCAUUCCUAUUAAGAGUUGGUUUGAUGACCCUUCUGAUUCUGCGCUAAUCUCACUUCUUCCAUUUCUCGAGACAUUGGCAGAUGCAGAUGAUGUCCGUCCCAUCAUUGCCGAGAAAUUCGGUAACAAGGAAUAAGAGUUACUCCCAUAUAGUUCCUUUUAACAGCUCCCGGUCUCUCUCAUCCUUUAUAAGAACAUUUAGUGCUUAUUUUUCUACCCAUGUUGAGCUUCAAUAUAUGAUAUUUUUCCCCAAAUAAGAAUAUUACCCAUCUCCUGCUUGCACCAAGCUUUUGGCGCUUGCUUCUUUCGCUCAUCUCAUUGACAAGCUUUUUGUCAGUUCAUCUAAUUGUUGCAGAUGGUAGUUGACAGGUGUUCCUUGGUGUGUGCAAUGUACAGUUAUAUACAUUCUUAUGAAAAAAACAGCUAUAGGUUCACAUUUCUUUGCAAGUUUUGUGUAUAAUAUCUGUCCUCUUGUCCUUGUUCGCGAAAUGAAUUUUGUGGCCUUGUGUGGAAGUCCUGUAUCUAAUUAGUUCUUAUUUUCAUUGGAGAAUAGGCCACCAAAUUUAGAUAUUUAUUGGCAAUUGUAAGCUAUACACUAUGUUUUAGCAGUGAGUAGAUUAAUCAAAUCCCCUCCCCAUUGUUGCCUCCACCAACCCUUUGUUUUUUUCUGAAAGACUUUCACAGUUUUGAAUCCCUUAUCUGCAGGUCCUGUGGAGAUGCCCAUUGUUUGUUACCACAAAGUGGACUAAUAUUAUUAUGUAAGUCAUACUUUGUUGUGACUUUCAAAUACUCCCUCCGUCAAAGCGUAUUUGUGUAGUUUAAUAUUUUCUAGUAAAACAGGACAAACUUUACCUAGUCAAUCAAAUACAGUAAAGAUUAUACUCAAUACGUAUUGAAUUUUUUUAAAAAAUUGUUCAUUAGAUCUGCUUUGUUGGGACUUUCAAUUAUUUUGAUUUCAAGGAAAAAGGGGUAAGGUCAUGUUUGGUUGGGUGGUGGUGUUUUAACAUUGGUUGAGUGCAUUCUUUUUGUUUAAUUCAGUUGGUUGAAUUGUAAUUUCUGUGUUGG